AGAAGAAGAGGUGAAAGAGGUUUAUCCUGGUGCCUUGUUAUAGACCCUUUUGUCCCCCGUUAUUCCUGCUGUUUCCGCACCUAGUUUAUCUGAUACCAUCGGAGUGAAACACCAGUGCCCGUAUGUUCGGAUAAACUUGUCUAUGUGGACUUUUUGUAAGUUUUCAGGACGGAUCACGGCAGACUCCGUUAGCUAAAUAUGCUAACUGAAGCUAGCCUAGCGUGCUAGCUGGAAUUAGACGGAGAUAGAACUCGGUCACACAGCUCUAGUCACAGUGAGUAUUCAAUAGAGACCAAACUGUAUUUUUUGUGGACCCACAAUGUCUAGAUAAACCUGUCUGAAUGGAGUCUGUAGGUCCUUUCUAAUUUAAAACGCCCAGAUCAUCCUUCGGUGUCGUACGAAGCUAAUGAAGUUAGCUUGCUCUCUGGAAGUAGACGGAGGCGGCGGUAUCCAGUAACACGGCACACAUCAGAGUGAACAAACCGUCUUUAUCGGAGUGUGCCUGGAGGAAAGGUUGCUGUGAUUUACUAAAAAUGUCUAAAGUUCAAAUGCUGAGAGCUUUUGUCAACCAGCGACUAACUGCGGCUGCUGAAGAGAUCUUUGAGCUGUUUGAAACAACGAUAGCAGAGUACGAGGAGAAACUUGAGUUCAGUUCAAAAGAGAAUCACCGACAACGGAAACUACUGGACGCUGUUUACAACCCUGUCCGGUUACACAGAGCAGAAGUCCAGCAGCCGUUGUUGGUUAAAGAAGAGGUUCCUCCUGAGCAGCAAGAGUGGAGCUCCAGUCUGGACCAGGAUGAACCAGAGCCCCCACACAUUAAAGAAGAACAGGAGGAACUCUGGAGCAGUCGGGAGGGAGAGCAGCUUCAAGGGCUGGAGGAGGCUGAAAUAGAGUUCACAGUCACUCCUGUCCCUGUGAAGAGUGAAGAAGAAGAAGAAGAGAAAGCUCAGUCCUCACAGCUUCAUCAAAGACAAACUGAACAGAUGGAAACAGCUGAUGGAGAGGACUGUGGAGGACCAGAACCAGCCAGGAACUCAGAUCCAGAUAGUCCUUUACAACCAGAUACUGAUGACAAGACUUCACACUCUGAAACUGAGACUGAUGACAGUAGAGACUGGGAGGACACUCAGAAACCUCAGUCAGGUUUAAACUCUCUGCAAAGCAAUGACGCUCAUGUACCUGAGAAACCAUUUAUUUGCUCGGUUUGUGGUGAAAGAUUCACACACCAUCGUAACCUAAGACGACACUCAAGAGUCCACACAGGGGAAAAACCAUUUAGUUGCUCAAUUUGUGGUACAAGAUUUGCACAGAAGGCAGAUCUUAGUCGACACUUGACCAUUCACUCAGGGGAGAAACCAUAUAGUUGUUCAGUUUGUAGCCUAAGAUUCACGGACUAUGGAAAUCGUAGACGACACAUGAGAAUCCACUCAGGGGAGAAACCGUUUAGCUGUUCAGUUUGUGGGAAAACAUUUGCACAUAGGGGAGAUUUGAGAAGACAUUUCAUAGUCCACACAGGGGAGAGACCAUUUAGUUGUUCAAUUUGUGUUAAAAGAUUUGCACACAAGGGAGAUUUGAGACGACACUUGACUGUUCACACAGGGGAGAAACCAUUUAGCUGUUCAGUGUGUGGGAAAAGAUUCAAUCAAAAGGUAACUCUGAGACGACACUUGACUGUCCACACGGGGGAGAAACCAUUUAGUUGCAGUGUUUGCGACAAAAAAUUCACUAGGCCCUGUUACUUGAGAAACCACAAGUGUGUUGGCGAGAGCAGCAGUCAUAAGUGAAGUUGCAGAGAUGCUUGUUAAGCCUUUUUUGUCAGCAGAAAUGAAGUACUGAAGACAAGACUUUGUUCAAUACUGAUCAGCCAGAUUUAGUUAGAAUUGAAGCUAUAGUUGGUAAUCCUGUUCAGAAACACUUUUUGUUAUACUGGGUGAAAUGGUCCUUCCAUCCUGAGAGU